UCCACUAUUGUGGCUAAUCGUUAUUGUGGCUAGCUUCAGAUAGGUGUUUUCACCGAUGACAGCCGUAGGAUGGAGGCAGUAUUAGCCAAGUAUGAAAACCAGAUAAACGUGUUUUCGGAGUUCCUUGAAGACUUGCCUGACACAGAUGAACCUGUGUGGGUUUUAGGAGAGUGUUACAAUGCUAAAACAGGAAAGACGGAGCUACUAUCAGACGUCCACUCGCGGUUAUGGUUUACCUACAGGAAGAAAUUCUCUCCCAUAGGGGGAACAGGCCCCUCUUCAGAUGCAGGCUGGGGAUGCAUGCUACGCUGUGGGCAGAUGAUCCUUGCACAGGCCCUGGUAUGCUCACAGUUGGGACGAGCCUGGCGUUGGAGGGCAGAGGGAGGACAGCCGGAGAAGUACCAUCGUAUCCUCCACUGUUUCCUGGAUAGGAAAGACAGCUGUUACUCCAUACACCAAAUGGCUCAGAUGGGAGUUGGUGAAGGAAAGUCUGUAGGAGAGUGGUAUGGCCCAAACACAGUUGCACAAGUGCUCAAGAAACUUGCGCUAUUUGAUGACUGGAAUUCUCUUGCUGUGUAUGUGUCAAUGGACAACACCGUGGUGAUCGAGGACAUCAAAAAGCAGUGUCGCCAGGCAAGCAGUGAGAGCAGAUUGCGGCCGAGACCCUGUGGCUGGCAGGAACCCUUCACCUCUAGGGAAACACCAGAACAAGCCUGUUCUCACACGGAUGGGAACAGAGCCACGACGUGUCCACAUUCCCAGUCUCAUUCUGACUGGAGACCCCUACUGCUGGUCAUACCACUCCGCAUGGGAAUCAACCACAUCAACCCUGUAUACAUCCAGGCCCUCAAGGAGUGUUUUAAAAUGCCACAGUCCUGCGGUGUGCUGGGAGGAAAGCCCAAUCUGGCCUAUUACUUCAUCGGCUUUGUAGGAGAGGAGCUGAUCUACCUGGACCCCCACACCACCCAGUCAGCCGUGGAGUCAGAGGCUGGCAGUGGAGUGGACGACCAGAGCUACCACUGUCUGAGGAGCCCACGUCGCAUGAAGAUCACCAACCUGGACCCCUCUGUGGCCCUGGGAUUUUUUUGUAAGAGUGAAGAUGACUUUGACAGUUGGUGUAACCUGGUCCAGCAGGAGAUCCAGAUGAAGAGGAACCUGAGGAUGUUUGAGCUGGUGGAGAAUCACCCGCCCCACUGGCCCCCCUUCGUUCCUCCCACCAAACCAGAGGUCCAGACCACAGGGGCAGAGUUCAUCGAAUCAACCGACAAGCUGUUUGAGUCUGAAGAGGAGUUUGAGAUCCUCAACGUGUGAGCAGCAGUGAUUGGGUAGAUUACCUUGGCUCCCAUGUUCCAUACUGUGCUGUAGAAGUGCCUCAGAAAAACACCAAGCACAAACUGCUUACCACUUUCCAAAAAAACACUAACAACCCAGCAAGAGACAAUAAAAACUAGGAAAGAUCCUAGACAACUUGA